AUGGGCUCGGCGUCCUCGUGCCACUGCUGCAACAAUCGCGACGGCGAGAUGUGCAAGCAAAAGCAGCCGCAGUCUGCGGGAUGCGAAGCAAGCGGCGCCGACGAAUGUGCGUGGCGUGAGCGGCUGCUGGAGGAAGUUGGCAAGGACCCCGUCGCCGUAACGCGCGACUUUCCGCGCACGCCUGUAUACAUCGCCACCGCCACACGCAACAACUACCGCGACUCGUGGCAGCAGAUUGAGGUUUUGGUGGUGGGGGACGCGGCGGCCCGGCAGCAGUGGCUCGCAACGAGGAAUCAACGCGUGCACGAGUCGUUGGGGCUCCUCAUGGAGCUGUGUGGCGAGGAUACAGCAGCCAUGGACGCGGCGUGGGGAAAGGCGGAGGAGGAGGUCGAAAUUGCGGACGGCUCCUCGCUGCUGCUUGCGGUGCUGCUGGAAAGCGGCAUGAUGCGGGUGAAGAAGAGCGGCAGGCGGGGUUCCACUGACGACGGCCCGCCGCCAUCACCACCAGCAGCAACCAAUGGCCCGCCGAACUACGGCACCGCGAUAUCCCCAACGGCUCGUGAGACCGUGCAGUAUACCGUGCACAGCAAGGCGCUGCGUCUGAUGCAAUAUAUGGUGCAGUCGGUAGUGUUUUUCUCCGUGCAGUGGAUGACCGGUGUGCUGCAGUUCCCGUGGUGUCAACAUCUGCAGGACAUUGCGUGGACCGUCCACGUCUACGCAGAGGAUGCCAAUCACCGGCACUGCAAUGACAAUAACAACAAGAGCGAUAGUAGCGGCAGUGGGGAUACAUACGGGGGUGAUGAUACCGUGCUAGUCGUACAGCACAGGCAGACACUGCGUCACUACGUUGAUGCGAAGGGACGGCGAGUGAAGCCGCGCUUUGAGGUGGAAUGGACGUGUAGCGUCCGCAUCAAUCUCUGUCAUCUUCUCCGCGGGGAUGCCACUGCACCCCCGACGCUGGCCACCGCCAGCAGCAGCAGCGACGCAGAGGUGCGUAGCAUAGAUACGGAGGUACUUGCAGCACGUGUGGAGCUGCCGCAGAAGACAGCGUGUUGGGUGUCGAAGAUUUGGCGGCAGCGGCACGACGAACUCGCGCUGCGCCUUCGGGAGCGCCUGCACACGACGCUGGAUAAAGUGGCCGUGCUGCAGGAGCGCACCACUCACUGA